AUGCCAGAAAGAUCAAUUAAAGUAAACCCAAAUGAUCGUCCGUGGAUAACUAGCCAUUUGAAACGCCUUAUUUUACAAAGACAAAAAGCACUUGCCUUAGGUAACAUCUUCAUGUUUAAAUUGCUGCGAAACAAACUAAAUCGGGAAAGAAAACGUUGUCGUAAAGUACUCUAUAAGACAAAAGUUAGCAACCUCCUGGAUUCGAAACCUAAAGACUGGUGGCGAGAGGUAAAACAGCUCAGUGGUCAGCAAUCAACACGGCCAGACCUCAGAUCCAUGAUUAGACUUGACGUUGAAGACAGUGAUGAAGAUUUAGGAAAUAGGAUUAACGAGGCCUUUAUCAGUGUCAUGAAAGACUUCUCCCCGCUGCCUGAAGAUUUUAACCUAUCGACUGACAAUGAUGAACCAAUUAGCAUCUCAGAAACAACAGUGGAGCGGCUACUACGUGCAAUAAGUGUUUCCAAAGCUAGCGGUCCUGAUGAACUUCCCAAUUUGGUUCUAAAAAGCUUUUCUGACAUUCUGGCACCUGCAAUUACGGAUAUAUUUAAUGCAUCCUUCCGUGAAUGCAAGGUGCCGAGG